AUGGGAGGAGGCUUAGCAUUAUUUUGGCGAGAUAAGGACAUAGCUACCUUAUUGAGUUAUUCACAGAAUUAUAUUGAUGUUAUUGUGACUCUACCGAGUAAGCCUCAGUAUCGGCUAACCUGUUUCUAUGGAUUUCCUGAGAGGACAAGAAGACAACAAUCAUGGGAUUUAUUGCGUCAGCUUAAGGGGCAAUCUACGCUCCCUUGGAUCGUCCUUGGCGAUUUCAAUGAUUUAUUGUAUCAUUCAGAGAAACGGGGUCCAAACCCACAUCCAGAAUCCCUUAUGAUGGGUUUUGGUGAUGCCUUACAAGAUUGCAGACUGAUGGACCUUGGUAUGAUGGGAAACCAAUUUACGUGGGAACGUGGUCGUGGAACGGAGGCUUGGGUUGAAGAACGCCUGGAUAGGGCGGUUGCUACCCUUGAGUGGUCUGACAUUUUUGAAGAAGUGAGCCCGACGUGGCCAGUUCGCAAAAAAUUCCGCUUCGAAGCUGCAUGGUUGCUAGAUGAUGGUUGUAGGAUUGUUGUGGAACAUGCUUGGGGUCUUUCGAUUGGUAUGGAAUUCCAGGAAAGAGUGUUCGGUUGUGGGCAGAGAUUGUGGCGGUGGGGAAGGGAGCAUUUCAAGAAAUUUGGUAAUCGCAUCUCUCAGUUACGCAAGCGAUUAAUAUCACUGAAGGAGAACCGAUUUCCCUGGCGUCAAAGAUCAAAGCAGUUAUGGCUCAAGAAUGGUGAUAACAAUACAAAAUAUUUCCAUAAAUCUGCCACUGCAAGGAAACGAAGUAAUCAUCUCUCGAGGAUUAAAACUCAAGAUGGAGAAUGGGUUGAUGGCUUGGGUUUAAAUGAAGAGAUAUUGAGGUAUUUUAGUGAGAUAUUUACAUCUGCUACUCCUGCGACAUCUUUUUUUCAUAAUGUCCAAUCUCACAUCACUGAGGAUAUGAAUAUGCGCCUGCUUAGACCGUUCACAGUGGAAGAGGUUAAGUUGGCACUAUUUGAUAUGGCUCCGAAUAAGGCACCAGGCCCGGAUGGCAUGACUCCUGCGUUUUAUCAGCGGUUCUGGUCUGUGGUAGGUCAUGAUUUAUCUUGCUUUGUUUUAAAUUGUCUGCAUAGUGCUACUAUUCCCCACGGCUUGAACGGCACUAAUAUUGUUCUCAUCCCGAAAAAGAGAGUACCGGAGAGGGUUUCUGAUCUUCGCCCCAUAGCGUUGUGUAAUGUUGCAUAUAAAUUUUUGGCUAAGGUUGUGGCAAACCGAAUGAAGGAGGUGCUGGAUUGUGUUAUAUCUCCUAACCAGAGUGCAUUUGUGCAAGACAUAUUAUUGUCGGAUAAUAUUAUUGUAGCUGGGGAGAUAGGACAUUACCUUAAGCGUACAAGACAAGGGAAUGUCGGAUGGGCUGCUUUAAAGCUAGACAUGGCCAAGGCUUAUGACAGAAUGGAGUGGGGAUUUUUGGAAGGCAUGCUACAUGCCCUCGAUUUUCAUCCUGAUUGGACUAAGCUUGUGAUGUUAUGUGUGACAACAAUUCGGUAUAAUAUUACGGUCAAUGGAGAGGUAGCCGGAACAGUUGUGCAAUCAAGGGGUAUUCGUCAGGGUGACCCUCUUUCACCUUACUUAUUCAUUCUUUGUGCUGAAGGUCUUUCUGUUUUACUUAACCAAGCGGAACGUAGGGGUGAUAUUCAUGGAAUUAAAGUGGCACGAGGUGCUCCAGCGGUGUCGCACCUAUUAUUUGCAGACGACAGUCUUCUUUUCUUUAAGGCUAUUCCGAGGGAGGUGCAAGUGGUUAAAAAUAUUUUGGAUAUGUACUGUGGGGCUUCAGGUCAAGCAAUUAAUUUUGAUAAAUCCAGUAUCAUGUUCAGUUCUAGUACGGCGACCCCUACAAAGGAAUUUGUGGCGGAUAUAUUAGGUGUGCGUGUGGCCAAUGAUCUGGGAAAGUACCUUGGUUUACCUUCUUUUAUGGGGCGCAACAAGUCUGUUACGCUUCGUUUCAUUGAGCAGAAGAUUACCGAGAGGAUGGAACGGGCAAUGAAUCGAUAUUGGUGGGAGAGCGGGAAUGCGACUAGCAGGGGUAUUCAUUGGUUAAGUUGGGACCGAAUGUGCUUGCCUAAAUGCCAUGGGGGACUGGGUUUUAAAAAGCUACACGAGUUCAAUAUUGCCCUUCUAGCUAAGCAGGGGUGGCGUUUGUUGUUGCAUCCGGAGUCUCUGGUGGGCAGACUUAUGAAGGCACGAUAUUACCCCAACUGUGAUUUCUUGCAUGCUCAGCUUGGGGCUAACCCGAGUUAUAUUUGGCAAAGUGUUUUAGCAAGCCAAUCACUUCUUAGAGAGGGGAUUGCAAAGAGAAUCGGGGAUGGUAAGGACACUGCGAUAUGGGGUUGGCCUUGGCUUUCUGAUGUUGACAAUCCAUCCUUGGUAACACCAUGCAUUGACAACUUGAGAGAGGCCAAAGUCAGUGGUUUGAUUGAUGAAGCAGGUAACUGGGAUGGUGAGAUUGUGAGGGAUCUGUUUGUGGACUCUGAUGUUGCUCGUAUUCUAGCUACUCCAAUUUCUCCCCAGUUUAAGGACACAUGGCGCUGGAAAGGUGAUUGGAGAGGUGUUUAUGCAGUUAGACAUGGGUAUAGAAUAUUAACUUCUUCAACCUUUGCUGCAGAUUCUCGAUUGUGCUUCAUAAAAUGUCGCCAGCUUUGGAAAUUGCCAGUUCCACCAAAAGUCAAAAACUUCAUAUGGCGAUGUAUGCGAUCUGUCCUCCCUGUUCGCGAAGUGCUUAAAACCCGUCAUGUUUGGGCAGGAAGUGGAUGUCCUUUUUGUGUUGCUGAAUCGGAAACAAUGGAACAUCUUUUUUGUGCUUGCCCGCAAACAAAGCAGGUAUGGGAUGAUUCGUCAAUAUUAUUUGAAGAAAGUUUGCCGUUGCUGUUGAAUAAGUUAUUUGAUGAUGGUUGUUUAAAUAAAGCUGUGCAUGCUGCUGCUAUAUUAUGGAUCAUUUGGUGUACAAGAAAUGAUGUGGUCUGGAAUGAAGGCUCUUGGUCUAUCAUUGGCAUGCGUCGGCAAGUGGCGGGAUUACGUGAGGUAUGGCAUACAGCAUACUCACAAUCUGCUUUUGUACAUGCAACCAUUCCUUCUCCUUAUAAUUGGUCACCACCGACAGAAAACCUCAUCAAGUGUAAUGUUGAUGCUGCAGUCAAUGAUAAUGGGGCGAGCUAUGGUGUAGUUAUUCAAGACCAUAACGGCAAGUAUGUGGAUGCAUGUGAUGGGCGGCUUGGACUUGUUCGUGAUCCUUUGUUGGCUGAAACUAUGGCAGCAAAGGAGGCGUUGUCGUGGCUUAAGGCUAGCGGCUAUUCUAAUUUAAUUUUUGAAACUGAUUGUCUUACUUUCUGCAAUAGUUUUCAUUCGAAUUCUUCGGACCUAUCUUAUGUGGGUGUGUUAGUUAAGCAAUGUUGUGAUAUUGCUAGGGACAUUGAGAACGUGUAUGUUCACCAUGUCCGUAGAUCAGCGAAUCAUGUGGCUCAUGUUCUUGCACGGGCAGCUGGUUCUUUGUCUGGCUCAAGGUCGUGGGGAUCUGUUCCACCGGCCUGUAUUUCCCACUUGAGAAUCGGGGAUGGUAAGGACACUGCGAUAUGGGGUUGGCCUUGGCUUUCUGAUGUUGACAAUCCAUCCUUGGUAACACCAUGCAUUGACAACUUGAGAGAGGCCAAAGUCAGUGGUUUGAUUGAUGAAGCAGGUAACUGGGAUGGUGAGAUUGUGAGGGAUCUGUUUGUGGACUCUGAUGUUGCUCGUAUUCUAGCUACUCCAAUUUCUCCCCAGUUUAAGGACACAUGGCGCUGGAAAGGUGAUUGGAGAGGUGUUUAUGCAGUUAGACAUGGGUAUAGAAUAUUAACUUCUUCAACCUUUGCUGCAGAUUCUCGAUUGUGCUUCAUAAAAUGUCGCCAGCUUUGGAAAUUGCCAGUUCCACCAAAAGUCAAAAACUUCAUAUGGCGAUGUAUGCGAUCUGUCCUCCCUGUUCGCGAAGUGCUUAAAACCCGUCAUGUUUGGGCAGGAAGUGGAUGUCCUUUUUGUGUUGCUGAAUCGGAAACAAUGGAACAUCUUUUUUGUGCUUGCCCGCAAACAAAGCAGGUAUGGGAUGAUUCGUCAAUAUUAUUUGAAGAAAGUUUGCCGUUGCUGUUGAAUAAGUUAUUUGAUGAUGGUUGUUUAAAUAAAGCUGUGCAUGCUGCUGCUAUAUUAUGGAUCAUUUGGUGUACAAGAAAUGAUGUGGUCUGGAAUGAAGGCUCUUGGUCUAUCAUUGGCAUGCGUCGGCAAGUGGCGGGAUUACGUGAGGUAUGGCAUACAGCAUACUCACAAUCUGCUUUUGUACAUGCAACCAUUCCUUCUCCUUAUAAUUGGUCACCACCGACAGAAAACCUCAUCAAGUGUAAUGUUGAUGCUGCAGUCAAUGAUAAUGGGGCGAGCUAUGGUGUAGUUAUUCAAGACCAUAACGGCAAGUAUGUGGAUGCAUGUGAUGGGCGGCUUGGACUUGUUCGUGAUCCUUUGUUGGCUGAAACUAUGGCAGCAAAGGAGGCGUUGUCGUGGCUUAAGGCUAGCGGCUAUUCUAAUUUAAUUUUUGAAACUGAUUGUCUUACUUUCUGCAAUAGUUUUCAUUCGAAUUCUUCGGACCUAUCUUAUGUGGGUGUGUUAGUUAAGCAAUGUUGUGAUAUUGCUAGGGACAUUGAGAACGUGUAUGUUCACCAUGUCCGUAGAUCAGCGAAUCAUGUGGCUCAUGUUCUUGCACGGGCAGCUGGUUCUUUGUCUGGCUCAAGGUCGUGGGGAUCUGUUCCACCGGCCUGUAUUUCCCACUUGGUUGAUUAUUAA